AUAGAGGAAGAGCCGCUGUGGGUGCAGCAGUUCACGUUAGCCUCACUGUUAGCAGCCAUCGCUGACAAGUGGCUCCUCGUGUGUAACUGUAAAACACAUUUCUGUUCGUUAAAGCAGCGUUAGGAUUUGUAACCGAGGCUCUCCGACGACUGCUGCGCCAAGAUGAGCUUCCUGUUUGGCAGUCGCGGAUCCAAGACCUUCAAGCCGAAGAAGAAUAUCCCAGAGGGCUCCCACCAGUAUGAACUGCUGAAACACGCCGAGGCAACACUGGGCAGUGGGAAUUUGAGGCAGGCUGUCAUGUUGCCUGAGGGAGAGGAUCUCAAUGAGUGGAUUGCUGUCAACACGGUGGAUUUCUUCAACCAGAUCAACAUGCUGUACGGCACCAUCACUGAGUUCUGCACUGAGACCAGCUGCUCUGUGAUGUCUGCAGGACCGAGAUAUGAGUAUCACUGGGCUGAUGGCACCAAUAUUAAGAAGCCCAUCAAAUGCUCCGCGCCCAAGUACAUUGAUUACCUGAUGACCUGGGUGCAGGAUCAGCUGGAUGAUGAGACACUUUUCCCCUCCAAGAUUGGAGUUCCCUUUCCCAAGAACUUCAUGUCUGUCGCCAAAACCAUCCUGAAGCGCCUGUUCAGGGUUUACGCUCACAUCUACCACCAACAUUUUGACUCUGUGAUGCAGCUGCAGGAGGAGGCCCACCUCAACACCUCCUUCAAGCACUUCAUUUUCUUUGUUCAGGAGUUCAACCUCAUCGACAGGCGAGAGCUUGCUCCCCUGCAGGACUUGAUCGAGAAGCUUGGAUCCAAGGACAGAUAGACAUUUCAUCACACAUCACUCCUUUUUUAAAAAUGUUUUCUCCUUUGUCCCUCUCUGUGACCUCUGCUACCUCUACGACUUCUAGUCUCAACUCUUAAAACUGUGCCUUCUCUUCUUUUCACAAAUGUUUGUACUGUAUUUUCCCUUGUAUUCCCUCUGUUCUCUUUUAUGCUGUCUUUGAGCCUUUUUCUUCCAUUUUGCCACCCUAGAUCAUAUAAAAUAGUACAGUGUAGUCAGAAUAUUUUUUCACUGGACUGGGGUUAACGACUGUCAGAGCAACAGACUGAAUUUAAUUUGGACCAAGGACAUUUGGAAGUUAAAGUGAAAACCAGCUUUUUUUCCUUCAGAAGUUGGUGUACAGUGUUUUGUCUAAACACUUUUUAGUUAUUGAUAGGCAAUUUUCUUUUUGUUAACUUUAGCUAAUGUAUUCCAGGGACUGACCUAAUAUCCCAGUUUUAGCUUUUUGAAAUGUCUUGUCAUUAGUGUAAAGAUGGCAAGAAAAGUAGUGAAUGAAUCAUGGGUGGACACACUUGACAGUACGAGUGUGUAGAAGGUAUUUUCAAUCUAACAUGAAGACACACACAGAUGCACCGGUAUAGUAAGUAAAUACAGUAGCUCUCUCUCACAUGCUGGUUGUGUAUCUGAUAUCCCACAUAUGCCUCGUAUUGACAUGCUCUGUAACACAGUUACAUGUGGAGAGAUGCAGCGAUAGAUGAUUGUGAGAUGCCCUAUGAAAAACACCACCAUUGACUGCAGUAUAGCUAUCUCAAAUUGACCAUACAAUAAUGUGCCUUGCACAUUUUUCUGCUAUUUUCUGAAUUAAAAUAUUGUAAUGCAAGAUAUGGUGCUCACAGGCAUACUGUUAAAUACUGCUAAAUAGUUAAUAAUAGCCACUUAAAGCUUUUGUAAUCAUGGCCGAUAAAGGAAUUGUAUGGUAAAAAUCAUCCUUUCAACAGCAAAAAAUAGCCUGUGAAUUAUUAUUAUUAUUGUUAUUGUUAUUUUUUUAAUUUACUGUCAUAUUAGUUUAUUUUGUGGUGAGGAUUAAUUGUGGAACUGCAUAUUUGAUCUUAAAAUGCUGGUACUUUUUAAAAAACUAAAUAUUGUCCCCCUGGAUUGUAAAAUAGAGCAAUAACUGUUGCGCCUGUGCAUGAUCAACUGAGCUGAAGUAUAUAGAGUUUUUACACAGAUGUCUUUAUUAGUCUUGGUGCAUGUGUCAGGGUCAUUUGCUGUGCUUAACUGUGGCAGCAGCAGCAGGGCUGUUUGUGCUGCCAUCCUCUGACAAACUAAUGCAGCUAGUAUUCCUGUUGAAUGUUUUAUUUUGGCAAACUUUGAGCAAGGGAAUUGGUCCAUAAUUUUCUUCAUGUUGGAGCUAAAUUCAUAUCAGACAAUCAUGAAACAAAAUAAGAGCUGUUAGAUGACUAAAUGCAUCACCGGGAACCAGCCAAUGUGAUUGGGUGCAGUACAGUGUUUAUGAUGUAGUACUUUUUAAGAAGUUGAAAACCUGUCAACAAUGUGAAAAACAUGUUUUUACAUUUAAACUGCGAUUUAUCAGCUUUUAGGCCCUGUAGUUGCUUGGGGAAAAGAAAUCAAGCCAGCACCCAUUAAGUUAAUCAUCAUAUAGACAUAUCAGUAUAUUUUACAAGACUGAGUUAUUUCAAAGAUGUUAUUUGAAUAUAUAAUUGGUUCUUUCUUUCAGUUAAGUCACUUUUUUUAAAAAAUGUAUUUCUUUUUCUCACAGUUUUGUUUUUAAACCCCUGGCAUGGACUUACAUUUCAUAUGAUAUUGUAAAAUUAAAAGUUGACUUUAACUUUUCAAAUAAGGAACAAGGGCUUUGAAAUGAAUUAAAAGUUUUAUAUAUUUACAGUAAUGGUCAAAUCAUUGGCAGGUCACUUUGACAAGGAGGAGGUGCCAGGGUGUACGUCCUGGGUCCCAACAUUCGCUGUAAAUAAAAUCAGUGUUUCAUCUGAACAAAACUGUGCCUUACAGGAAUGAAAAUGUCUGUGAUGACAGUAUUUGGUGGAUCAAAACUCAAUAAACACAGAAAAGAAAAA